AUGACCGGAUCCAACUCAGGCAUCGGUGAGGCUAUUGUUAAACUGUUCGCUCUAUUAGGCGCUCAGGUGGUGAUCACCGGUAGGAAAGAGACUGAGAUUAGGAAAGUAUCGCAAGAAGUGCUGCGAUUAUCACCAAAAGGACUCAAAACAUUGGAAGUGGUGGCAGAUGUGACCAAAACUAAAGACUUGGAAAAACUCAUGAGUUCUACGAUUAAGAGGUUCCGAAAGUUAGACGUUUUGGUCAAUAACCCUGGCAUUGGAGUCAUGGCUACAAUCAGGGACAAGGAUUUCAUCACCAAUUUUUGA